AUGGCUACGAUCCCGGCUCGGAAUGACCGCCGAAUCAUCAUCCACUUGGUUUGUCCACCACCGGCUGGUCAGGAUUAUGACUGCUUCUAUGCCUCGGUCUUCGAAGUAGAGCAGCCGGCACUGAAGUCACUGCCUCUUGCUGUCCAGCAAAAGCAAAUAGUGGUGACGUGCAACUACGAGGCCCGGCGACGAGGACUACACAAGCUGCAACUCAUCAAAGAUGCGAAGCGGAUUUGCCCCGAUGUUGUAAUCGUUCUUGGUGAAGAUCUGACCAAAUUCCGCGACGCGUCGAAGGAUCUCUACCUGUUUACCCGGAAUUUUGUCUGGGGAGGCCGGGUUGAGAGACUAGGCUUCGAUGAACAAUUCCUUGACGUGACCGAUAUGGUUGAUUACAACACCGGCAUUCUGAAUCCGAAUGAUCUAAGUUCUUCUUUUUUCCACUUAGACCCCAAAGACCCAACAGCGGGAUUUUCCUAUGAUGCGACUAAUUUCUAUGGAUCUACAUAUCCAUCAACACCAGAGAAACCACCCAAGCAAGAGGCGACUCGGACACCAUUGGAAACAAAGCUGCUGGUUGCCUCUCACCUAGCAGGGUAUAUCCGAAGUCAACUUGAAAACGAGAAAGGAUAUACAGCUACGGGGGGCGUAUCAACAUCCAAGCUUCUGGCAAAACUAGUCGGCAGCGUGCACAAACCAAAUAACCAGACCACCCUUCUACCGCCUUACGAGACCGGCACAGACGGUACGCGCAGCAACAUCACUCAGUUCCUGGACAAUCAUGAAAUUCGAAGAAUUCCGGGUAUUGGGUCACGUCUUGCACAAAAACUACGAAGCAGGGUUGCGGGGGAAAGCUCUGAAGAAAAACUUACGGUCCGCGAUGUCCGCCUCUUCCCUGGUAUGGGCCCUGCGAUGAUGGAGAGGACCCUCGGGGGACCCGGCGCAGCCAAAGGCAUCGGCAUGCGCGUCUGGAGCAUCUUACAUGGGGUGGAUAACACCGAGGUCUCAGAGGCCCGCGAUCUGCCCACGCAGAUCAGCAUCGAAGACUCUUAUGGUCGCGGCCGCCUGGACAGCAUCGAAAAAGUGCGGCGCGAACUGAUCAUUUUGACUACAAGUUUGAUCCGGCGAAUGAGAACCGAUCUACUCGAUAAAGGCGAAGACAAAAUGUCUCAGCCACGUUGGCUGGCCCACCCGCGAACACUGCGAUUAUCAACACGCCCACGGAAUGGCCCCGAGACAGACGGCGUUCGAACAUACAACGUAAACCGGAUCUCUCGGUCGGCGCCGUUGCCCACGUUUAUAUUCCACCUGGACGAGAACGUUGAAUCCCUGGCAGAACGUGUGGCGCAGGAUCAUUUACUUGGAAUGUUUCGUAAGCUUCAUGCCGAAAAGGCGGGGUGGGAUCUUGGAUUGAUGAAUGUGGCUGUGACCAACAUGGUCGAGAGCGCGGGAGAUCAAAAACAGAGCAGCGGGCGGGAUAUUGGGAUGAUGUUUCGACGGCAAGAAGCAGUGCUACGCGAGUGGACAGUGCACCCUGUGGACCCUACGAGCACGGCUGCAGGAUAUGGCGAAUACCACGAACAAAAUAUAGAACCCCCCAACUUGGAAGCAGCCUGGGAGGAAGACGAGGAGGAACCAGAGACGGAGUUCUUCGAGUGUGGCAUCUGUGGCGCAGCAAUGCCUCAUUUUGCGGAGUUGGCGCAUUCCAUGUUCCAUGAGGCGGGAAAUGGUCGAGACCACAGUGCAUGA